GCGGCGGGGGGCGCAGGGCAGGGCAGGGCAGGGGCUUUGCCCGCCUGGCAGCUCCCAGGCAGGGCUGGCAUGGGGGCGCAAACCGGGGCUAUGGGGGUGCUCCCCGCAAACCCCUGCUCGGACCCCCCCGGAGCAUCCCACGCCUUUGGCAUCGCUGUCCUGGCGAGCGCGGCACAUGGGAAAGGGACAAAGUGGCUUUGUUUCUGCAUUUUGUGGGGUUUUGAAAAAUGAUUUUUAUGAUUAUUUUUCUAAUUAGCGUGAUUGAUCAGCGCCUGAAGUGUGAGUGUGGGCAGCGGCGAGAGGGAAGCCCCCGCUCUCCCAGCGCCCUUCCAUCUGCUGUCUCCCCGCUCCUGGCAAAACAAACCCCCUCCUGUCGCCGGGAAAAGACGGCCUUUGGCAUCGCUCCUGCCCACGGCCACUCCCGGGGAAGGAGAUCCCACCCCGAGAGCCCCGGGAAAUGAGGGUCUGGCAUCUCCCCAUAGCACGGGGUGGGCUCCUUGCGAUGGGUCUGGGUGAUCGGAGUGCCCGGGAGCCGGGGGAGGGAAGGGAAAAUCCUCCCGGAGGCCCUGGGAGGGGUGUGCAGCUCAGGACGGCAUCGCUCCCGUGCGGAGCAACGACUGAGGAGGAUUUAUUAAGUGGUCUGAGGCUUUUUUCCCCAUCCCUGAGCGUCCUCUGACUGGUGGGUGGAUGUGCUGCAGUAGCCCGGUGAUCCCAGAGGGGUAGAGGGCUCCCUGCCGGGCCCCCACCCAGUGCUGCUGCAGACAGAGCUGCUGGCAGCGGGACCUGGGCAUGUUCGUGCAGGAUGAACCCUGUCCCGUCCCAUCCCGCUCCGUGUGCCUGGAGCCCUCUUCUCCCACGGGACAGGACUGCUUCCAGAGAGAGAUGAGGAUGCUUGCCCCGGGACCAGCAGCAAAAGGACCAGCUGGACCUUUCCCCAUUGAUCUUUUCAUGUCAGGUCUUUGGAGGGUGAACCUGUGGUGUUUUAUUGUUCUGGGGAGUGGAGAACAAAGGAAAGUUCUGCCUCUGGGUGUUUUUUUUGUGUUCCUCAGCUCGGACACCAUCUCUCCUGUUGGAUCUGUAGGGUGAUGCCCAGUGGGUUGAUGCUGGCUGCUUGGCAAGUCUGAUCUCCAUCUUUUGGUGAGAUGAGCUGAGUAAAGUCUUGUGGUGGAACUUUUUGGGAAGCUCUGCUGAAUUUCCCCAUCUUUUCUGCUGGGCUCUCCCUCUGGAUGCUCCUGGACGCAGGUGAUGGAUUGCUCAGGCUUUGCCAGCUGUCUCUGCCAAGGGUGUCCAUGGGACAGGCACCCCAGGCAGGCCAGAACCUGGGAUCAGUGCUAGAACUGAUGGUUUAGGUGUCCUCUUCCUACCCUGGCUCCUAACAAUCCGUCCAAUGUUUAAUGAGCUCCUCAUGUUGCUGUAAGCUGUAGGAUGGGAUCAACACGCUUUGCUGGACUCUCCCUAACCCCUGUCCCUAAUUGUCUGCAUCAUUAGAGGGCUGCUUGCUCAUCCAGCUUCAGGCAGGGAGUUAAUAGCAGCUGCUCCAGCAAGGCACCGCAUUCUGAGAAAUAAUGCUUCUGCAAAUGUAAAUAUAAAAGAGGAACUGUCCGUGGAUACUGAUUUUAAGGGAUGUCCACUAUGGAGAUCUGCAAGUAGGGUGUAUUCCACAUCUGGGAUUGGAGCAUCCUCCUGGAGGAUCCACCCUGGAGGGAAAACAUCCGUUUGGAACUCUGGAGCAGCUGUAGUUGUAGUCAUGUCUACAAACCUGUAUUUUUAUAGCUUGUGUCAUCCCCAUUCUUGCAACCAGCAUCAGAGGUGGGUGCCAGGCUGCAGGAUGUGGGAAUGCUGAGACCAGUGCUCUCCCCAUGCCUGUGUUCAGAGGUUUUCAGCUGGCAACAAUCCUCAGGUUGAAUCCUGCUAAUUAAUUAUUUGGCAAUAUCUCUAAAUCCCGUGUAUUCUGUUGCUUGUUCUCUUUGAUGAAGUGAUGGUCCCAUUGCUUUAGCUUCGAAUAUUCCAGAGCUGGUGCAGGCUGGCAGCAUGGGAUCUGCUUCUCCACAGCUUUCCCUAUUGUGUUUUGUUUUUUUUUAAGAUUUAUUUUAUGUUAUUUUUCCCCUUAAAUUCUUUUCCUCUGGAAAAGAAUGAUGUAGCAUGAUGUAGCAUGAUGGCUAUUUAAGGAGCAGGGAUGUGGUCCUGUUCCUGCAGAGACUGGCAUCCUGGAUUCACCGGGAUCCCUCUGGCAUCUCAUCCCACUUUACUCAUUCCGGUCUGGGACCCCCCCAUACUCUGCCCCCAGGGACACUUGCAUGAGUGGUUUUGGUUUUGCAGUGAGGAAAGGAAAUUAUUUGAUGCUUUCAUGCAGCUUGUUGCAACUUCUGGUUCUCUGUUUUUUUUUUUUUUUUGCUGUUUCUUAAGUUCCUGUCGUUUUGCUUUCACACUUCUCUGUCCUCCAGCUGCAAUCCUCAUAUUUAUUGAGCUUUUUCUAGGAAAACCCUGUGUCUUCUUGGGAGGGAAGAGGAAAAAAACCCAGUACUUGCUAAUCUCUUGCUUUUCCAGCUGCUGACCCCUUGCAUGUGACUGGGGUUGGGCUGGAAAGUUUCCUUGGAGGAAGGAGAAAGGCACUUGGCUGUCGUGGAACGGAAAAACCAAAGGAGCCGCUCUCCAUCCUGGUUCUCCUUCGGACUGGUGGAUGCUCGCCGCGGUUUCGGGCUGGCGCAGGCUGCGGCCGCUCUCCAGGAUGUGUUUUGCCGUGUGCCGGAGCCCCCGGAGCCGCGGCCGCUGCUGCCGGCCCGGGCUGGGCACGGGCACGGCCCCGGCGGGGAGGUGCGUGCGAGCGGGGCCGGGCUGCGGCCAGCGCUGCUCCGCGGGGACGGGGCUGCAGAGCGACCUGGGGGAGCGGGACGGGGCAGGAGCACAGCGGGGCUGCAGUCUGCCCGUCCCGCGUGGAUCUGCCCUGCUGUGACUUGCUCUGCUGGGAUGUCCAGCGAAGGGGAAGAGAGGACGGCCGCGUAGAUCCCGCCGAGCUCCCGCCUGCUCCGCCUGGACCGAGAGGACGGGCCGCCGGGAUGGGUGAAUCCAAGGCGUUGGAGGUUCCCCAAGCGACCAGCCGCGAUGAGAGCUCCGGCCCCCGCCUGAUCCCUUUCCUGCUGAUAAAAAUGAUCAACAAGUCUCGAGGGAAGAUACUCGGGGUGCUGGUGCUGUUUCUGGUGAUGGUUUGGUACUCGAUCUACCGGGAAGACAGGUACACACAGCUCUUUUAUUUCCCUGUGCAAGAAAACAAGACGACAACGUGUCCCCUCGGGGAGGUGGAAAAGAAAGCGGCGCAGCUCAUCGGGAACUACACGAGGGACCACCCACUGUUCUUGCAGCUGAAGGACUAUUUUUGGGUGAAGACGCCGUCGCUCUAUGAGCUGCCCUACGGCACCAAGGGAAGUGAAGAUGUCCUGCUGCGCCUGCUGUCCAUCACCCACUACUCCCUGCCCGAGAGCAUCCAGAGCCUCAAGUGCCGGAGGUGUGCCGUGGUGGGCAACGGCCACCGGCUCCGCAACAGCUCCAUGGGGGACACCAUCAACACCUACGAUGUUGUGAUCAGGCUGAACAACGCCCCGGUCCACGGUUAUGAGCAGGACGUGGGCUCCAAGACCACCAUGCGCCUCUUCUACCCGGAGUCAGCCCACUUCGACCCCCGGACUGAGAACAACCCCGACACGCUGCUGGUGCUCGUGCCCUUCAAGCCCAUGGACUUCCAGUGGAUGGAGGCCAUCCUUAAUGACAAAAAGAGGGUUAGGAAAGGGUUUUGGAAACAGCCCCCAUUGAUCUGGGACGCCAACCCGGAGCAAGUGCGCGUCCUCAAUCCCUACUACAUGGAAGUAACUGCUGCUAAACUGCUCAACCUCCCCAUGAAGCAACCACGGAAGGUCAAACAGAAGCCCACCACAGGGCUGCUGGCCAUCACCUUGGCACUGCACUUCUGUGACCUGGUGCACAUCGCGGGCUUUGGCUACCCCGAUUCGGCCAACAAGAAGCAAACCAUCCACUACUACGAACAGAUCACGCUCAAGUCCAUGGCCGCGUCAGAGCACAAUGUGUCCCACGAGGCCGUGGCCAUCAAGCGGAUGCUGGAGCUGGGACUCGUCAGGAACCUCACCUACUUCUGAGGGCGGCGGGGCUGUGCAGGGACACCGUCCCCAGGGCGAGGAGACACCGUCCCCUGCAGCGAGGGGACACCGUCCCGCGCGGUGAGGGGACACUGCGCUGGCAUGGCCGGAGUGACCGAGGGCAGAGCAUCGCUGUCACUGCUGCCACCACGGCCUGGGACUCCUGGAGCAGGGCCGGGGCUGGGGGCCCGUGCUGGACCGCGGGUGCCCAGGGUGGGGCAGCUCUUGGGGGUGCAGGGAGCCCGGCGGGGCCGUGGCCCAGCGCCUUUUCUACUGACGCACUGAAGCUACCGAGGACUUGGAGGGGGUUUUUGGGGUAGGGGGGUCCUCCCUCCCAGCGGGCCUGAGGGGGUGAGCCAGGGCAGGAGCCUUUGCCCUGGACAUUCUCUUUCCCUUAAUUCCCUCAUACACUGACGAGGGCCCUGCUGAGGGGCUGAUUUUGGGGUCCUGGCCCCUCCCCCGCCAGGGAAUGGGAGCUUUUGGGGGCUAAUGUUGCCUCCUCCCUGCCCUGGCCCUACCCCCAAAUAUUUAAUUCCCUCCCUUUUUUUUUAAUUUCCUUUUUUACUUGGCGGCCCUGUCCUGUGCCUUAGUGCUGGCGUAGGGACUCGUCCCCACAGCCCCCCUGGGUGGGGGCCCCUGGGGUGCUUGGCUUCGGGGUCUGCCAGGGCCCUUUGGUGGUGCAGAUUAAUUUAAUUAAUUUAAAUCCUUAUUUAUGGUGGAGCCUUCACCCAGGGCCUGCAUGCCACUGGUGUCAGGGACGAGGGGCCUUGGGUGGGCUGGUGUUUGCUUGGCUCCUGGGGUGGGCAUUUGGGAUGUCCCCCCACCAUGGAGGGGUUGACUGGUGCCUUCUCCCUGCUGGUGUAGGGUCCCCUCUGCCCCCGUGGGGCUGCAGGUGCUGGGGGACCCCAUGGAUGGGGGUUUUGGGGCUCCUGCUGGCACCCAAUAAAGUCCUGGUGAGGCUGGGA